CCUCUUUCUUGAUCAAAACAUUGAUCGACUACAGAUGGGAGGCUCAAGUGGCGAUGGAGCGCGUGAGGUGCGCGUCGCUGGAGAGGUGAACCGCAUGAUCCAGAGCGAGGUGGGGGCGCUGUACUCCCGUCUGGAGACGCUGCGCUCGCAGAUGCGUUUCCCAUCCUUUGUGCCAGUGAAUGUGCCCAUGGUAUUGGUUUUGGGCAAUCAUUCCUCAGGAAAGAGUACUUUCAUCAAUCACAUGCUGGGUCAGAGCGUACAGAAGACUGGACGCGCGCCUACAGACUGCACCUUCACGGUACUAGUAGGUGGGGCUAGAGAUGAGCGACUUGACGGCGCAGCGCUCGUGCGGCAUGCGCAGUUCGGCUUCGGCGACGUGCAGCGGCUCUUCGGCCGCGAGUUCGUGUCCCAGGUAGAGCUCAAGGUAGUUGCUGGCAGCCAGUUACUCGACGAGGGUGGACUUAUGAUCGUAGACUCGCCCGGCAUGAUCGAUCCGCCGGGCAAUUCACUGGACCGCACGGACGAAGACCGUGGUUAUGACUUUAAGCGGGUCGUGCAAUGGUUCGCGGACCGCGCGGACGUGAUUCUCGUCAUGUUUGACCCGGACAAGCCUGGCACUACGUUCGAAACGCUAGAUGUGCUCACCAAUUCGCUACAAGGCAUGAGCAGCAAGGUUUUGUUGAUUCUAAACAAGGUGGACGACUUCCAGACGGUCCACGACUUCGCGCGCGCCUAUGGAGCAUUGUGCUGGAACUUGAGCAAGGUCAUCGGACGCAAAGAUUUGCCGUUUAUUUACACCAUGUACGUCCCACAGGAGAAGCAGGAAGCUUCGUCAGCUCAGGAGAAUGGUCAGUCGCAGUUUAAUGUGCCCAAGAUGCUGGAGCAUGAGUUCGAUGGGAUCCGAGGAGAAGUGAUUCGUGAAGUGGAGCGGGCACCUGAUCGUGCUACGGACAAUAUUCUGAAUUUGCUGAAAGCCACGGCGUUGAGGCUCAAGAUGCACAUGACGCUGGUUGAAGCCUGCAAAAAGGAGUAUCUGGACCUACGCACGUUCUGGAAGCGAGCGCAGAUUGCGGGUAUUGUAGCUGGCGUUGGCUUUACAGCGUUCUAUUUGAUCCGCACUGUGGGCUCAAGAGCCCCAACGGAACCGUUAACAGCCGAGGAUUUAACACUGUCGGCUACCGCAGCGCCUUCAUCCGCAUCAUCCUCCGUUAAGACCUCUGAUGCUAGUAAUACGUGGGAGAAGAACUGGUCCAAGCAAGUGGCGCGCUCGCACUCGCUGUUCAAGCUCAGUACAUUCUUCAAGAUCGUUCUGUCAUCGUGCGCUUCGAACCUUGCGCUGUGGAAGGCGUCAGUGCUGAAUCUGGAAUUCAAGCGGGAAAGCGUGUUGCAGUGGUUGCCGCUUACCUUCCAACGGGUGUAUGGCCCAUUCCUGUGCAAAUCUGACCGUACCCACGACGAAAUCAUGGCGCAGUGGAAUGCCGUACAGCCUGGCCUGGAGCUCGCAUUGUCUUCAACGGCGCUCGAGGAGUUCCCCACUGUUGACAGCUCGCACAAAACGUUUUUGGAUGAUGUGCUGAAUCUACAUGUCCCGCGACUAGAUCGCUGUGUUCGUGACCGCACCGGAGACGACCACGCUUACAUGCGAUUCAAGCACCACACUAAGUCCACGCCAAGCAAGCUGGAAGUCAAGCAAACAACUACAACGGAGUUAAAAGCAGAGUAGUAGCUCUAUGCUUCGAACGGUUUAUAGAGCUCACAAAAAAAAUGAAAAAGGCGAAUAGCGCAGUUGUGAAGGCUUAGUGUUGAAAUUGCUGAGGAGGGAUAAUCUACGUCACUGUCCAACGAGACGAGUGUUAUGAGAAGCAGACGUUGCGUUGAUUACGCGAAGAGCAACCAAAUUAGCAGACUACGUUUGCAUUGCUAGGACACACUUCCCCUUACCGGUCUAC